CCCGAAAUGUGGGGCUGGGUUUUGUGGCGCUACACAAAUAUCGGGGGGCGCUGGUGGAUCCCUGCGUGCCCCCGGCCGUGGGCUGGGGCAUUUCUCCCCUGCGUGUUUUUCUUUCCCGCAGCCUUGGGCCAAAGCUUGGGUUUUAAGUGGAACGGAUUUUCCUGUGGCCUGCGGUGAUGGGAUCAGGAGGCCUUUGAUGAAACAGCAACACCACUAUCAGUUUUGCAGCUGAAGUGGUAAAAAUGCCUGCUACAUUCAUUUCAGGAGUGUGGCUUCCCUGGAAAGUGGCCAAAAUAAGUUUACAGGUACUAGUUUAUUUAUCAAAUAUAAAGACUAGUAGCAUUUAAAUUGCUAUUUUUUUAAUAGCGACUUCCCAGCAAGGACUGGCGUUGAAGUGUACUGCUAUGUAGUAGCCUGUGACUGAGUCCUAAAAGUACUAAAUGUUUUCCCUCAAAACAGGAAGAAAAGGUGUAAGAAAAGUUGUGAACAAAGUUACAUAUCCACAGAGCCAAGGGUAGGCAUAGCAUGAGCUAACUGUGCUAGGAAGUAACUUAAGCUACCCGUGGAAGUCUGAGUGAGCAGUUUAUUGCUAAGGGUAAAGCAAAAAGCGAAUGCAAUAGCACUAAGUUUGAGGAAUUAUUUUUUUGUGGUAUGGACUAGUGUUAGUUAAUCCAGCGAGAGCUGAAAUGGUAUCUGGAAAUUUGUUUCUCAUUGUUUCCAGAGGUAAGUGGUGAUAAUGGUAACAAACCUCAACCAUAUCAGUGAAACAAACUUGUUCCUCUGUUGGGUCAAACGUCCAAAUAGCCCAGCAUUUUAUCUCUGACAGUGCCUGGAGCAGAAAAACUUUGAAACAAAGAAAGUGGCUCUGUGCUGCUGAUGCCAUAGAUCUGAUCUUGGUGCCCCAGGGAGCAGAGGCCCACACUCUCCUGUGUGAGUAUCCUGCCAGAUUGCAUGCUGGAGCCGACAGAAGCCUGCUUGGAAAGAGAGAUUUCAACACUUUCAUGCAGCCUGCACCAGAACUAGUAGGAAUACACGGCGCUGAUACUUAAUGCAGGUAUGUGCCACAGUGUGAAAGGAGGCUCUGCCUCCCUGCUUGCAGUAUGCCAGUGUUAUAUUGCUUGCCAAACUGCCAGAGUUAAGGCAAAGAGGUUAAUCAGAGGCAAACCUUGGAGAAGAACAGAGCUGCUUAAAGAAAGCCUAUAAAACAGUACAGAAUUACACUUUCCUGAUAUACUAGCCUAGAAAUCUGUAGUGUAAGGGCUUUGUGGGCCAGGGAGUUGGUGUGCAUUUGUCAGCAGUGUUUUAUAGACUUUUCCUUCUACAUAUUAAUCUAAUUGCUUUUCUAAAACUUAUUUAUACUUUUUGCUUGCUACCCAUGUCAUUCCUGGAGCCACAAAUCUAAUCGUGCAAUAUAGAAAAGUGCAAUUUUUUGUUUUCAAACUUCUACCUGAUCAUUUCAUUUGAUACCUCCUAGUUCUUGUGCUGUAAGAAUUCACGUGUCACCUUCUCUAUGUGUCUCUCAUACCACCACUUAGCUUCACCUUGGGAAAGAGACAUCUUUCUCAUGUAUUUAGCUUGUCCACCAAAAGAGGCCAUUCUGAGCCACAGCUGCUAGUCAUCACUUGCUGUAUCAUUUCUGAUUCUAUAGUUGUUUUUAAGAUCAAGGACCACCACAGUACUCAGUAUUCAAGAAGCGACUGAAUACUCCCUUUUGAAUAGCAUUGUGUGCUGACAUGAUUUUUCAUGGAACCUCCUGCAGUGACUGCUAAGUUUUUUCUUUGAAUGGUAAUAACUUAUCUAGAGUACAUCACUCUGUAUGUAUAGUUAUGAUUGCUUUUCCAAAUUCAAUAAUUCAUAACUCACAACAUUAAAUUUUGCCUGCCUCUUUAUUGUGCUGCCAUUCAGUGUGCCACAAUCCUCCUACAGUUCUUCUAGAAGGAGAGCAUCUAAGCCGAGAGACUGGCAAAGGGCCAACUUUUCUAAGGCAUGUGAGGAAAGAUGCACAAGCAGCACCAGGACAUCAGGAAUAUCUUUCCCAUUCAAUUCCAUUGAGACUUAACCAGCCAGGAAUGUAACAUUCUUCUGUCUUUUUCAAACAGGUGUCUCUGGACAAAGAAAAUACAAAGCACUGCCAAUAAUAGCUAAUGUUUUUAAUUUUUUUUAAAGGAUUAAGAAGUGAGGUUGAAAUGUUGAAGGAGAACAUAUUUAAAAUCAGACUAUGAAAGCAAUAGAGGAUCCAUAUUCUUCCCACACAGAAAUUUUCAAUGAAUGAAAACCAAGGAAUAGCAGAAAUCUUGGAUGGAAGGCCACAAUGUUCAAUCAUACAAGGCAUGUAAAUAAAAAGGCCUGCACAAGUAGGGUGAAAUGCACAGUUCACGCCAGUCCAUAGGUAGCCUUAUAAUAAUCCAUGCAGAAGAAUGAUUUGGGCUUUUGCUUUGCUUAUUUAAGAAAAAAAAAAAAUAGGGCAUUGUUCAAGAAUGUGCUUAAUGGAUAGACCCAACAUUUGGAAUGCUCUUUCUCUGCACAGAAGGUACACGGGAAACCAGUCUCACAGAAUGACUCAUUAGGUAAUUUAAAGGUUAAUCCCAAGAUGAGCAUUUUUACAAAACAGUCCAAAUACUAUUUCAGAUGCUGCUUCCCUCACUGAAAAUGCCCUGUCAAACCAUCUGACCCAAACACUCACCCAGCACAGAGAACCUGUUAUUGUGAAGAGCUACUUUUUAAUUAUGUAUGAUCUAUGUAUGUACCACUUCUGCCAAGCUUUGUUCUCUGCUUGGUGCCCAAAGCUUAUGCUUACCUGAGCUUACUCAGCAACAUACAAAAAUGCCUUGGAGUCAUUCAGUGGAUUUUCUAAAGAGGAGAGCCUGAAGAAUACCGGUACAGGGCAACCCUGCAAAUACUUGAUGUCACUAGAGAGUCCCUAUGAAACUAAGUGCACAGUUGUGAUGAUGAAAACAAGCACGUACCAAAGAAUGGCCACCAGACCACUGCAGCAUGCUUUGCAGAGAAACAGUUGUGCUAGUUAUGGCUAAGCUUUAUAGGGAGAGUUUUGGAAAGGUUGGGGGUUUUUUGGGGGUUUUAGGCCCAUGGGUUUGCCAUAUACACAAGGAACAUUCAGGGUUUAUGAAAAAUCAUAGCUAGCUAGUCACUCCACCUGCAGAGGAAUGAGUGGGAGAUCUGAGAGGGGCUGAAAAGCUUUGUAGAGCUGCAGAAGAAGUAGUAGAAAUAUGAAAUACAAGUGGAAUUCUCAGUUCUUGGCAAGGUGUUUUGGAGACAACCUGCAUACAUUUACCAGAGGGAGGUUUUUGUAAACAUACUGAUUACAUUUUUAGGUGUAACUAUUUUGACAGAUGCAGUUUUGUAACAACAAACCUGAAAUGGCAAUAUAAAUAGUAACUUGCAUUAAGGUUUUAGCCAACUUGUUUUGGUGGCCAGUUGAGUCUAUACAUUAAGAUAAACUUGAAUUUGAACAUCCUCAUACACAAGCUAAUAGAGUAUGGGCUAGGUAAGUGGACUUGGAUAGGUGGAUUGAAUAGUGGCUGAACUUCUGGGCUCAGAGGGUGGUGAUCAGAAGAACUAAGUCCAGCUGGAGCCCAGUCACUAGUGGUGUCCGGCUGCAGUUGACGUUGGUUCCAAUACUGUUUAACUCUUCAUUAAUGACCUGGAUGAUGAAGUAACGUGCACCCUCAACAAGUUUGCAGGUGAUACAAAACUGGUAGGAGGGGAUGAUGCACCAGCUGUCUGUGCUACCAUUCAGAGGAACAUGGACAUGCUGGACAAUUUGGCAGAGGAACCUCAUGAAGGUCAGCAAGAAGUGCAAAGUCCUGCACCUGGGGAGGAAGAACCCCAUGCACUAACGCAUGCUGGGGGCUGACCACCGGGAAAGGAGCUUUGCAGAGAAUCAUGAUGUUGUGGUCUUGGUGGACAAAAAGCCAAACAUAAGCCAGCAAUGUGCCGUCACAGCAAAGAAUGCCAAUAGCUGUGAAGGCUAGAUUAGGAGGAGUGUUGCCAGCAGGCCAAGGGAGGUGAUCUUUCCCCUCUACUCAGCACUGGUGAGACUACAUUUAGAGUGCUCGGUCUAAUUCUGGGCUCCUCAGUACUAGAGAGACAUGGACAUAGUGGAGUGAAACUUGUGGAGAGCUGCUCAGGUAAUUAAGACUGUGGUACCCCUGUCAUGCAGGGUAGGCUGAGAGAGGUGGGACUGCUCAGCCUGGAGAAGAGAAGGCUUGGGGGGAGGUCUUUCUUACCAUCUGUCUGAUGGGAGUGUUUAAUGGCAUUGGAACCAGACUCUUCUCGGCGGUGCCUGGUGACAGGACAAGUGGAGAUGGGCACACACUGAAACACAGGAAGUUCCAUCUGAACACAAUAAAACAGUUUUUUACCGUGAGGGUGGUUGAACACUGGAACAGGUUGUCUGGAGAGUUAGUGGAGUCUCCUGUGGAGAUACUCAAACCUGACUGGGGACAGUCCUGGGCAGUCUUAUCUAGCUAACCUUGCUUUGAGCAGUGGGGUUGGGCUAGACAGUCUCCAGCCAGUCUUCCAACUUCAACUAUUCAGUGAUUCUGUGAAUUAGAGUCUUUCUGAGCUAACUCAGUCUGUUUAUCGUGAGGGGAAUGGAGACAUCCAGAAGAGAAGAAAAGAAUGCAGUGUGGUGCUUUGGGAUUACCAUCAGCGCUGCAAAUCAAAGGUCUGGUCUGAUCUAAGUAAGCAUUUUAUGGAAGUAACAAAAUGUCUUUUUUCCUCUUUGCACCAUCUCCUUUGAGUGUCUACAUCAUUAGGCCCUUUAUGCUGAGGUGCAAAACACUUCAUUAGUCAAACUGCUUAAAAGGUUCAUUGAUCUGGAAGCCUAUACAGAGAGGUGCAACAUCAUCUCAUCACUGCCCAGGGUGAGCUGGCUGGACUAAAGAUAAAGUGCUUGCUGUGUCAGGGCUGGCUGCAGGGGAGAGGUUUUAACCGGGAGGAUCAGGGCUGGCCAGCUGGUAGAGAAGGACCUUCUUGCAAAGGAAAGUUUGACUAGAGCAAGCAAGUCAUAUGGUGGUGAAAAGGCUGCACGUCCCUUGGCCAACAGGAGCCAAUAGGAGUACCCUCACAUGAACACCUUCUGCCUGGGUCUGAGGAGUCCCCCAGGAAAGAUGGCAGCUGAGAGUAAGAUGCAGCUAGAGGAAUUUUCCUGGCAGGCUGCUGAGAGCCCGUCCAUCUUUGGGGGUACAGCCCAGCCCUGGCCUGCCUUCCUGUUUCUUUGUGGUUUCAUGGGGUUUGUGUUGGAGGCAGCAUUUGUGUGUUUCAGAGAGACAUGCUCAGGGGCAGAACUCCACUCCAUCCUGGUUCAUUUUCCAGACCAAACACAAAAUACUGAGGCUGAUUCUUGUAUGUCUGGGCUUUGUAAUUUCUGCUGGCAGUCUUGAUUUCCCAGAUUGGGAGGGGUGAGCAGAAACCCUAUUGUUGCACAUUUGAAAUGCCUUGCCCUAGAUGUAUUUUCUUUUUAUAGUCUUGCCACAUUUUGUGCUAUCAGCAUUUCAGUUCACCACUUCUAACAUUUCAUCAGUCAAGUUCCUUAAAAAAAAAAACCCAAAACCAACAAAAAGCACAAGAAGACUUUAACUACCCUGAAAGGUCAACAAAUAGAUUGACAUGACCAAUUUUGGUUUGCUGAGUACAAUGUUCUGUAUUUGGUGAACUAAGCUGUCUCAAGCUGGGACAGAAGCUGAUUUGGAUUGAUAAGAAUCCCAGAAAUGGGAUUUAGCUAAGUGAGUGUGCUGAUCUGAUAAAACAUGGAAGUGGCUGCAAGACAACAGAUCAGACACCUGAUGGUGGCAAGUCAGGGUUUGGAAUUAUGAAUUAAAUUAUGCAAAGGUCAACAUUAUGCCAACAGGCAAGAUGUCUGAUUCAGUUGUCUUCUGGAAACUACAGUAUGUCUGUGCCUGUGAUUCCCUUGCUUUCCAUUAUUCUUUGACUCAGGGCGCUAUUUUAUUUUUAUGGUAUGGAGACUGCUUCUUUUGGUUUGUUUGACUGUUUGUUUACUUUAUCAUCUCUAGAACUUCAAAUAUGUGUCCUUCUAAGCCUUUCUGUCAGGGUGAAAGAACAUUCUUAGCACACACAUGCACAUACAGGAAAAAAGCAGUUUCUAAAACAUCACGUGAGUUUCUUUUUUCAGUCACUCAAGAGAGAGGACUGAUGGUACUUGCUCCCUGAGACACCAAAAUAUCUGCUUCAUUCAGCUACAGAAUGCCUGGACUCCUGGGUAAUAGCAGUUCACAUGAAGAGGCUGCUGUCUAUUAUGCAUCAGAAUCCAUUGUCUCCAUUGCUAUUUUCAUCAUCAUUUUCAUCAUAGGUAUCCCAGGCAAUGGAUUGGUGAUCUGGGUAGCUGGCCUGAAAAUGAAAAGGUCUGUGAACAUUGUCUGGUUCCUAAACCUUGCUGUGGCUGACUUCUUGUGCUGCUUGUCCUUGCCAUUUUCCAUUGUUCACCUGGCCCUCAAUGAACACUGGCUGUAUGGUUGGUUCCUCUGCAAAGUCAUUCCCUCAGUCAUAAUCUUCACCAUGUUUGCUAGUGUCUUCCUACUCAUGGCCAUCAGCAUUGACCGGUGCCUCCUUGUGAUGAAACCUGUCUGGUGUCAAAAUCGUCGAACAGUGAAAUUGGUAUCACUAAUAUGCAGUGGCAUUUGGAUCCUGGCCUUUGUUUUCUCUUGUCCUGUCUUUUACUACCGUGACACUAGUGCUCAUGAUGGCAAAAUAGAGUGUGGGUACAAUUUUGGAGAUGAUGAAAUGUCAGAUUACGAUUCUGUAAAUGAGUUAUUGGAAAAAUACUUACCUUUAGACUACAAUGGUAAUUACUCAUGGGAAAAUUUCUAUGAAACUGAUGAUUCUGGAUCCCUUGCCUGGAUGACAAUAAACAUCACUAGGGCUGUCUUUGGCUUCAUACUCCCCUUUGGCAUAAUGGCAGUUUGCUACAGCCUUAUUGCUUUCAGAAUGCGUGCAAAUCAAUUUCACAAGCCACGCAACAGGACGCUGCGAACAAUCGUGCUCGUGGUAGCUGCAUUCUUCAUCUGCUGGACUCCAUACCACGUAGUUGGAAUUCUGUGGCUUGUCCCUUCUCUUGGAACAGGACUGAGGAAGUCAUUGAUCCUCUGGGAUCACCUCACUACAGCACUUGCAUAUGCCAACAGCUGCAUCAACCCCCCACUCUACGUUUUUGUGGGACGGGACUUCAGGGCAAAGGCACGGCAAUCAGUGCAAGGAAUCUUGGAAGGUGCCUUUACUGAGGAAGCAACACGUUCGAUCCCUUACUCCCUUGACAGAAGCAAGACUUCGACAGAGAAGGACGGUAGCAGCACAGUGUAAUGCAGGACUUCUGAUCACCACUGUAGGAGCAAGCUAUGGCCCCGCACAUCAAUCACUCGCCACUUAACAGCUUUUUUUUUGCUCCAACACAUUUGAUUAAUCUGCAGAUCCACACACCGUGCACCAAGAUGAUUUGAAUCAGACAGCUAAACCCCCUUUAUAUCCUGCCCUAGAGAGAUGGGAAGUACCAAGAGUAAUAAUCUGAGGGAAAACUCUGGUGAAGCAGGAGACACCGAGUACUUUAACCUUUAAAGAAAAAAGCAGGCUUGCAGAAUGAUUUGUGGUGGGAUCAUGUAGUCUAACCUCUGAAUUGCUAGA